AUGGAUUCAAGGGCCAGAAAAUUGGUGAAUCUCGCCAUAAAUAAUGACAGUGCAGCAAUGAAUGAGAAUACAGAUGAAACAGUAAGUGAAUUUUCUAGUGACGAUUCUGUGGCCGAUCCUAACUACUCUCCGGGCAGUCCUAGCUUACUUACACAACAUAAAGAAAUGGAAAUUGCUGUUCCUAAUGCAUCAGUGGAUAUGCAUAUAACGCCAGACAAUGAGACACCUGAAAACAUUGGAGAUAUUUCUUUGCUACAACAAAACCAACCAGUGUCCUGUAGAAAAAAGAAGCAAGAAAACAAAUUAAAAAGAAAUCUUGGCCAAUCUUAUGUGACAGCUUCUGGGAAAACUAUUGGAAAACGUCAAAUGAAAGAAUUACCUAACUGUCGGAAUAAGUACCGACAGAAAAUAAGUGAUAAAUAG